AUGUAUUUUGAAACUCCUGAAAAGUCUGGUGUUAUCUGGACCGAGGCGGCCAAGCUCAGAGAAGAUGGUCGCACCAUCAAAUGGGACAAGAUCAACUUCCCUGGAAGGAAUGUCAAGUCCAUGCAGAACAUUUGGACUAGAAUCAACAAGCAAAUUGCCGAUUUAGACACCCAGGAGAAUAAUGGCGAGCCAACGCCGGUGAAGACUCCACGCAAGAAAGGCCAGCCGAAGAAGAAGGCUCCCAAGGCUACGGAUUUUGGCGCCGGUGCUGUCGAUGACGAUUUCGAUAUCAAGCAGGAGCUCUUGAAGAAGCGGGACCUCGAUGAUGAGGAACCCACCGCGGCCAUCAAAAAGGCCAAGGUCAAAUCUGAGGCGAACGGCAAUCUUCGCGUUAAAAAGGAAAAUGCCAAGGAGUACUGA